CAUUAGACUUUAAUGGGUGCUUGGCCUGUGAUGGGGCCCUGAGCGGGGACUGCGGCUCCUCUGUGCUGUGCUUUGUCGCUUUUGCACGCCACGAAAUGGAAAGUUUUGGCGCCUGCGAAUCAUAAAUCCUGUGUGGCGUCUAAAAAUAUCCCAACACUCGAAGGGAAUCGAUGCGAAAGCCGCCACCGCCGCCGCCGACAGAGAUGAGCGAGCACGAGGCGGAGUCGGACGAGGAUUGCGAGGUCUAUUUCCUGAAGCCCGUCAACGAAUACAACAUUGUGGACAAGAUCAAGGAGGCCAACAAGGAGCUCUUUGCACCCGACGAGGCCGCCAAUGGCAACGGCAAGGUGACCAAAGUGACCUUCGCCCUGAACUUGGAGGAUUACGAGCCUACGGGGGAGCAGCCGAAGGAGCAGAGUCCCAGUCCACCUGACGAACUUCUAGAGCAGUUGACGCAGCUGAAGCUGAAGCCCAUUGCAGAGGAGGAGGCAUCGUCGUCGCCGCCGCUUCCAGCUCCAGAGGUGGCCAUGAAUCCAGUGGAGGCUAAGAUAAUUGCAGAGCCUUCAGCGGAAGAGUCCGAAGUGGAGGUGGAGGAGGAAAUAUGCGAGGAAAUCCUAGACCUCACGGAAGUCCCACAGAAGCCCGCCCCCGAGGAAGCCAUCGUUGUGGAGGAGGAAGACGACUUCUCCGGCGUGGAUGAGGCGGAUCUGGAUGAUGACACGCCCCUCAAGAACGAUUCCUCCACGGUUUCUGCCCUUCAACGUCGCCAGAAUACAUUCGAGCACGACUACGAUGAUGAGGAGUCGGAUCAGAAGAGUCUGACCAACCUGCUGACCGAAUCUGACUGCGAGGAAGAGGAACGCACUUUGAAUGAGGCGCGCCUUAAGCUGCGUCAAGCCUACAAGAAUCUCUACAAGACCCUGGAUCCCAAGGGCCAGGCACAGAUCGAUAGGCUGACCGGAGUGGAGGAUGAUCAUGAAUCUCCUCCACCAGUGCCGCCAGCAGCAGACCAUGACAAUGAGGCAGAGGAAGACGACGACUUGUCCAUCAUUGUAGCCAGCUACAUCCCGGACGACUUUGAGCUGAACGAGCAAAGCAUUUACUACAAAAGGGAGGACUCAAUCCCACCUAAUGAAGCUAACGAGGCCACCGCCGCCUGCCCCAAAUCCAGCUCCAAGACUUUCUUCAAUUCACGCCGCUUUAGCUUCCGUCGGAGGGCCAAGCCCACCCCAACACCUUCGUCGGCCUCCGCUUCGACAGCAUCGCCCUCGAUCCGGAUGAACUACAAGACCUGCUGCGAGCAUCGACACUCGCUGCAGGAGAAACUGCCUCGCUACACCGGCUACAUGUCUGAGUACGGGCUGAGCGCACAGCAGCUGCAGCGAAGGGAGCAGAAGCUCCGCCGAAAGCAGCGAUACGUGAUGGAGCAGACGCUCAGGAGCAACGAGCACGACCUGAAGAAGAUGCAGGACAACGAGCGCGCCUUCACCACGUGGCUGAAGAAUAAGAUGCGCUAUCCCAUCAACAAGACCCGCAACAUGUUCGAUGCACAUCGUCGCAGAGGUAGUGUGGCCGCCGCAGUCACAAGUCCUCACUCCUAUUCCCGGCAGGAGCAUCCGCAUCAGCAUCAGCGGCAGCAGCACUCUGGUCUUCGAAGGGAGGACAGCGAUGACAUGCUCCAUGUCUAUCGCAAGCUCUUGGGCAGCUGGAACAAGUAAAGCCAGCGACA